AUCAUUUAAACUGAACCUCGUUGUAUGCCAAUUUUGUAUAUGGAACAUUACUCAAAAAAGGUUUAUUUUUUUUGAAACUAUUACUCAAAAAAGUUAUCGUUAGUCGUUACCUUUUUGGCUUUAUCUCCUAAUUUGAAUCUGUCGUAAGACCAUACAACACAGCCAUACGCGGCGGCGUAACUCGCCUUCCGCCGCUCUCGCCGUAAACACUAUGACGGAUAGCAAGAGCAAACUACUAAUAAUCGGAGUCACAGGCAACCUCGGAUUCGAGCUCGCCAACGCCAGCUUGAACGCAUCGCAUCCAACGCUCGGACUUGUCCGCGACUCCGCAUUUUCCGAUCCCAACAAACUCCACAAAAUUCAGCUGCUCUCCGAUUCCGGCCUCAAAAUUGUUAAAGGCUCGUUGCACGAUGAGGAGAGCUUAAUUGAAGCCCUAAAGCAAGCCGACGUUGUGAUCUGCGCCGUCGCUUCCAAGCAAGUUCAUGAUCAGAAGGCUCUGAUUUCGGCCAUGAAACGCGCCGGUUGCAUCAAGAGGUUCAUUCCAUCAGAAUUUGGAUCAGAUCCUGACAGAACUAGAGUUUCCCAUCUGGAUCACAAUUUCUAUUCGAGGAAAUCUGAGAUCAGGCGACUCGUUGAAUCUCAAGGCAUUCCCUACACUUACGUAUGCUGCAACUUCUAUACGAGCUACUUGCUUCCAUCCCUCGUUCAGCCCGGCCUUCAAGCCCCACCGCGAGACAAUGUCACCAUCUUCGGAGAUGGAAAUGUUAGAGGUGUCUUUAUGAAGGAAAGCGAUGUUGCUGCCUUCACAAUAAGCACCGUGGAUGAUCCCCGCACGCUGAAUAAAACCAUGUCUUUGAGACCACCCGGGAAUACGCUUUCCAUGAAUGAACUGGUUACUGUUUGGGAGUCAAAAAUAGGGAAAAAACUUGAGAGAAAUUAUAUCUCAGAGGAAGAGCUUCUUAAAAGAAUUCAAGAAACUCCAUAUCCAGACAACAUGCAGUUGGUUUUCAUAUACUCGGCGUUUGUGAAGGGAGAUCAAACCUACUACGACAUAGACUCAUCAAACGGUGUGGAGGGAACUCAGUUGUAUCCGCACAUCAAAUACAAAACAGUAAGCCAGUAUUUAGACAAGCUUUUGUGACUUGUAAUGUAAGGUUGUGUAGUUUUUACUUACUUUGAUUUGAAUUUUGAAGGAUGUGUUUCUUCCUCUUAUUCAUACAUGUGCCAUGAGUUUGCUGUGAUUGGAUCAUGUUGUUGUCCUUGAAAAUCUAUGAGUUCUAACUCGUAUAUCAGAAGUUUGGUGGAAAAUGAGGUUUUGAGCCA